AUGAUGGACUAUGAGAAUGAUCCCGGAUGGAAAUUUCUACGACUAUCUAGAGAAGAACAAUUAGCUGAUCAAUCAAAACCAUAUGACUCAAAGAAGGAUUGCUGGGUGCCAGAUGAAGAGGAUGGCUUCGUUCAAGCGCAAGUAAAGGACACUAAAGGAGACAUGAUUACCGUCAUCACCAAGUCGCAGAGCGAGAAAACCGUCAAGAAGGAGCUCAUCCAGGAGAUGAAUCCACCGAAAUUCGAGAAAACUGAGGACAUGUCCAACUUGUCUUUCCUCAACGACGCCUCUGUGCUUCACAAUUUGCGCUCUCGUUAUGCGGCCAUGCUUAUCUAUACCUACUCUGGCCUCUUCUGUGUUGUCAUCAAUCCCUACAAGCGUCUCCCAAUCUACACUGACACUGUCGCUCAGUGUAUCGUGCCAAAAGCCACUGACACCACCUUGGCUCAGAAACUCAGCGAGCAACAUCUUGGAAAACAUCCAAACUUCGAGAAGCCCAAGCCACCAAAGGGAAAACAAGCUGAGGCUCACUUUGCUAUGCGUCACUACGCUGGAACUGUGAGAUACAAUUGCACUAAUUGGCUUGAGAAGAAUAAAGAUCCGCUCAACGAUACCGUUGUCUCAUGCUUCAAGCAGUCAAAUGGCAAUGCAUUGCUGGUUGAGGUUUGGGAUGAUUACACAACUCAAGAAGAAGCAGCUGAGCAAGCAAAAUCUGGUACGGCUGCAGCUGGUGGAAAGAAAAAGGGUAAAUCUGGUUCUAUGAUGACUGUUUCUAUGCUUUACCGUGAGUCUCUGAACAAUUUGAUGACUAUGCUUCACAAGACUCAUCCUCAUUUCAUUCGUUGUAUCAUCCCCAACGAGAAGAAACAAUCUGGAGUGCUUGACGCGGCUCUUGUCAUGAACCAAUUGACAUGUAACGGUGUCCUUGAGGGUAUCCGGAUUUGUCGUAAAGGUUUCCCCAACAGAAUGAUGCAUCCCGACUUUGUGCACCGUUAUGCUAUUGUGGCUGCUACUGAAGCCAAGAGUGACAAGGAUCCGAGAAAAUGCGCUGACGCGAUUAUGGGAAAACUUGUCGGUGAAGGUCAUGUGACUAACGAGAACUUUAACGUCGGUCUCACCAAAGUCUUCUUUAAAGCCGGUAUCUUGGCGAAACUUGAGGAUGUGCGUGACGAGAAGAUGAAUUUCAUCUUCACUGCUUUCCAAGCAGCCGUUCGUUAUUAUCUCGGAGCGACUGACAAGAAGAGACGAAUGGAGCAACGAACCGGCCUCCUCAUCAUCCAACGAAACGUCAAAUCUUGGUGUGGACUUCGCACUUGGGAAUGGUUCAAGCUUUACGGAAAAGUCAAGCCACUCAUCUAUGCUAGCAAGUUUGAUGAACAGCUUGAAGCGCUUGAAGCUCAGAUGAAAGACCUUCAAACAAGCAUUGACAAAGAAGUGAAAGCAAAGAAAGAAUUCGAAGACAAGAACAACGCGAUUUUGGUCGAGAAAGAGGCUCUCUUCGGGCAAUUGGAGCAAGCGAAAAACACUCUUCAACAAAAUCAGCAAAAGCUUUCCCAAUUGGAGGGUCAACAAGGUGAUGCGGCUCGUCAACUCUCUGAUCUCCAGGAUAAACUCGCUGCUGCUGAAGACGAAAAUUCGGAUGCUGUUAGCUCGAAGAAGCGAGUUGAGAACGAGUUGAGUCAACUGAGGAAACAGAUUCAAGACUUGCAAAUGAGUCUCCGAAAAGCCGAAUCGGAACGACAAUCAAAAGAUCAUCAAAUUCGUGCGCUUCAAGACGAAAUGCAACAACAAGAGGACACCGUCGCCAAGUUGACCAAAGAAAAGAAACAUCAAGAAGAGCAACACCGAAAGUUGACUGAGGAUCUUUCAAGUGAGGAGGAUAAAGUAAAUCAUGCGAAUAAGAUAAAGUCAAAGCUUGAAUCGACUUUGGAUGAGUUGGAAGAAGCGCUCGAUCGCGAGAAGAGAAACAAAGCCGAUGCUGAGAAAGAGAAGCGAAAAUUGGAUGGAGAAGUGAAGAUUCUGAAUGAAAAUAUCGAAGAAGCUUCUCGUCAACGCAACGAUCUUGACAACAACUUGAAACGCAAAGAGCAAGAGUUUCAUAAUGCUAACAAUCGCCUUGAAGAUGAGAGUGCUUUAGUGUCGAAGCUCCAGCGUCAAAUCAAAGAGCAACAGGCUCGAAUUCAAGAGCUUGAAGAAGAAGCUGAGAAUGAACGCGGAUCGAGGAGCCGAGCUGAACGAGCCAAAGCUGACAUGCAAUCCGAGCUUCAAGAUUUAAAUGUUCGGAUUGAUGAGCAAGGAGGAGCCACCCAGUCUCAAGCUGAGAUCAACAAGAAACGAGAUGCUGAGUUGGCUAAGAUCCGUCGCGACUUGGAGGAAGGAGCCAGCAACUUUGAGGGAGCUCUCCUGGCAUUGCGCAAGAGAAACACCGAUGCUGUUGCGGAGAUCAGUGAACAAAUCGAGCAGCUCAACAAGCAGAAGCUGAAAGCGGAGAAGGAGAAAGCUUCAGCUCUCCGCGAAGCUGAGACCAUCUCCUCGCAGCUUGACGGUGAGACAUCUUCGAAGGUGCAAUACGAGAAAUUGGCUCGAUCUCUUGAGGAACAGAUUUCUGAGAUUAUGGCUCGUGUCGACGAUCAGAACCAUCAGGUUCAAGACUUCACCUCGCAGAAGAAUCGCUUGGGCAAUCAGAAUGGAGAUCUCGGUCGUCAGCUUGAAGAUCUUCACUCGCAAAUCGAUCAAGUGCAGCGUGUGAAGAGCCAAAUUGCCGCUCAACUUGAUGAGGCAAAACGUGGAGCUGAUGAUGAGUCAAGAGAUCGGCAAAUGCUUAGCGCUCAAGCGAGAAACUAUCAACAUGACGCUGAGCAGAUGAGAUCAGCGCUCGAAGAGGCGACUGAGGAGAAGAAUGAGAUCAAUCGACAGAUCUCUAAAGCCAAUCAAGAAGUUCAGCAGUUGAGGUCGAAAUUUGAGGGCGAGGGGAUGUUGAGAGGAGAUGAGAUCGAAGAGGCGAAGCGAAAGCAAGCACAAAAACACAAUGAGCUUCAAGAUGCGAUUGCUGCGGCAAACACGAAGAUCACUGCGCUCGACAAGCAACGCGCGCGCAUUGUUGGGGAUCUCGAUGAUGCACAGGUUGAGGCAGAUCGCGCAAUCGCGUACGCUGCAUCGCUUGAGAAGAAGCAGAAAGACUUUGAUGUGAUUGUGGUUGAGUGGAAGAGACGAGCUGAUGAUAUGGCCGCUGAGGUAGAUAAAGCUCAGCGCGAAGCCCGCGGAGCGAUCACCGAGAUGCAUCGAGCAAAAGCUGCUCACGAUGAGGCAACUGAAGUCAUCGAGGGACUUCGUCGUGAGAACAAAAUCCUUCAAUCAGAAGUCAAGGAUUUAGCUGAUCAACUCGGUGAUGGCGGUCGAUCUGUGCACGAGAUGCAGAAAUUGCUUCGUCGCUUAGAAUCUGAGAAAGAAGAGCUUCAGAAAGCGCUCGAUGAUGCUGAAGGAGCUCUAGAAGCUGAAGAGGCUAAAGUGAUGAGAGCACAGAUUGAGGUGUCACAGAUUCGAGCAGAGAUCGAGAAACGAAUCCAAGAGAAGGAGGCUGAAUUCGAAAGCACUCGAAAGAAUCAUCAAAAAGCUUUGGAAAGCAUGCAAGCGAGUAUUCAGACUGAAGCCAAAUCAAAGGGUGAAAUGUUGAAAAGCAAGAAGAAGCUGGAAACUGAUAUCAACGAUUUGGAGAUUGCUUUGGAUCAUGCGAACAAAGCCAACAGUGACACGCAGAAGAAUCUUAAGAAAGUGCAGGAACAGAUUCGCGACUCGCAGCUGCAAGUGGAGGAUGAGCAACGGCAGAGGGAUGAGAUGCGUGAUCAAUUCUUUAGUGCUCAAAAGCGCGGCGAGAUGAUUCAAGGAGAGAGGGAUGAAUUGAAGAGACAAUUGAACAAUUCUGAAGCCGAUCGUCGACAAUCCGAGCAAGACGCAGCGACAGCUAGGGAACACGCAAACGAUCUCCUCGCACAAGUCACUUCAUCGAAUUCGAUGAAGCGCAAAUUGGAGGGUGAGAUUCAGGCAAUACACGCGGAUGUUGAUGAAACGAUGAAAGACUAUCGACGAGCUGAGGAGAACUCAAAGAGAGCGAUUUCUGAUGCGGCGCGUUUAGCUGAAGAGUUGAAGCAAGCUCAGGACGUUUCUCGAGUUGUUGAGUCGGCUCGUCAAGCUCUUGAGCAUCAGGCUAAAGAGUUCAAAGUUCGUUUGGAUGAGGCUGAAGCAGCGGCGCUAAAGGGUGGCAAAAAGACUAUCUCCAAACUUGAGCAGCGGAAUCGUGAGCUCGAGUCGGAAUUGGCUAGUGAGCAAGCGAGAUAUCAAAAUGUGGUUAAAGAGGUGCAAAAAGGUGAUAAACGUGUUCGAGAGCUUGGCUUUCAGAUUGAAGAGGACAAGAAAAACUUUUCGCGCCUCAAUGACGUGGUCGAGAAGUUGAACGCGAAGAUUAAGACGCAGAAAGUGCAAAUCGAGGAGGCGGAGGAGCUGGCGAAUGGGAACCUUCAAAAGUUCCGCGGAAUCCAAUCUCAGCUCGACGACGCUGAGGAGAGAGCCGACACAGCCGAGCAAUCCCUAACCAAACUUCGCUCUCGUUCCCGCACCGCUGCCCCCAGCGGUCUUCAAGCAUCAGCUUCAGCUGCUGUCAUCGCGAGAUCGAGAAGCCGAAGUCGUCUUGAU